AUGGCCAACAGGACCGAGCUCAAUGAGACGCUGGGGACAGGGUCCCCGUCGUCCCGCCUGGUAGGGCUCAUCCCGGCGGCCUUUCUGGAGGUGGUGACCCUUCUGGGCAACGGAACAGUCCUGGCCGUCGUCCUCCGCACGCCCGCCCUCCGAAAGGCCGUCUACCUCGCCCACCUCUGCCUCGUGGACCUUCUGGCUGCCGUCUCCGUGAUGCCGCUGGGCCUGCUUGCGGCGCCCCCGGGCCUGGGCACCGUGUACCUGAGCCGGGGCCAGUGCCGAGCCGCCCGCUUCGUCACCGCCGCCCUGGUGUCGGCCUGCACCCUGACGUUGGCGGCCCUCGGCCUGGAGCGCUACCGCUACAUCCUGCACCCACUGAGGCCCCGGCCCCGGCCCCCGCCUGCCUUGGUGCUGGGGGUCAUGUGGGGGGUGUCCGGCCUCCUGGGGGGGCUCUCCCUCCUGGGACGGCCGUCUCCAAACUGCUCCCUGGUGGCCGGGCCCCCGGGGCCUUUCCGGCCCCUCUGGGCCAUCGUGGCCUUCGCUGUGCCCGCCCUGCUCCUCCUCGCCUCCUACGGCAGCAUCUUCCGCGUGGCGCGCCUGGCAGCC